UGCGCACAGGCCGCUUCGUUAUUUCCGGUUUAUAAGAGAAAGAUGGUGGAUGAACCACGCCGCGCUGUCGUAGUUUAGAUAAAAAGACAGAGAACGCACCCUCAAAUUCGAUAAAAGAGUACAUGGAAGCUCCCGCAGGCCUUCAACACCAAGAAGCGCCCAUCACUGGAAUGCUGGAAUCAGAGACACAUGCCAUGGCGAGUAAUGGAGAAGCAUACCCUCCUGCUCUAAACCAAACCGCCGACUGGACCAUGGAGCAAGCCGCUCCUGAGCCUAGCAUAGAUUCUGUUUCUGGGGCAGGAGACCACGCCAACCCGCCAUUGCCGCCGCCGCCGCCUCCUCCUCCGGAGAUGGGCCUCGUGGAGAAAGGUGUGGACCAGAUUCAGGUCGCCAAUGCGCCAUUGUAUCCAGAUGAGCAACCACCCCCGCCGCCGCUUCCCCCGCAGCCACCGGAACAGCCGCCGGAAACACUGGAGGCUCAGCCGCACACCCAAGAAGUGACCAAUCAAGAUGGCACUGAGGCGUCGCAAGCUGCCGAUGAUGGAAUGGAGCUUGAGGAUGCCACCAAAGAUGUUGCUCAAGAAGCCUCCGCCGCCCAGGAAACAGCUGCCCAAGACGCUGCCCAGGAAGCCGCCGCCCAGGAAGCUGCCUAUCAUAGGGAGCCAGAGCUCCCCAGCGAGUUUGAAAAACUUCUGAAAGGAUGUGAAGAUAAUCCAGAGGACUUCAAUGGCUGGGUCUACCUGCUGCAGUAUGUCGAGCAAGAGAAUAUCCUCCAAGCGGUGAGAAAAGCAUUUGACGUUUUCCUCCUGCGCUAUCCAUACUGCUACGGGUACUGGAAGAAGUACGCCGACAUAGAGAAAAAGCAUGGCCACAUACACGUGGCAGAGGAGGUGUACCGGCGAGGCUUGCAGGCUAUCCCGCUCAGUGUGGACCUUUGGCUGCACUACAUGACCUACAUCAAGGAGAACUCUGACACGCGAGACCCGGAGACCGAGGGACGCAUUCGAGCGGCUUACGAACAUGCCGUGCUGGCGGCCGGUACAGACUUCCGCUCUGACCGCCUUUGGGAAUCCUUCAUCAUUUGGGAGACGGAACAGGGAAAGCUUUCAAACGUCACUGCCAUCUACGAUCGCGUCCUGGGCAUCCCCACGCAGCUCUACUCUCAGCACUUACAAAAGUUUAAAGAGCACGUGCAGAACAACAACCCCAAACAUUUCCUGUCCGAGGAGGAGUUUGUCAAGUUCAGACUGGAGCUAUCCAAAGCCAAUCUGACCUCCAUGGCGCGUGAAGACGGCGAUACGACCGCCCCCCAGGAGCAGCUGCCGCCCGGCACAGAGGAUCUCCCUGAUCCCGCCAAGAGAGUCACUGAGAUCGAGAACAUGCGCCACAAAGCCAUCGAGGCCCGGCAGGAAGUGUUCAACCUCAACGAGCACGAAGUCAGCAAGCGCUGGGCCUUUGAGGAAGGGAUCAAGAGGCCGUACUUCCACGUGAAAGCCCUGGAGAAGACUCAGCUGAACAAUUGGCGCGAGUACCUGGACUUUGAGAUGGAGAACGGCACCCCGGAGCGCGUGGUGGUUCUAUUUGAACGCUGCCUCAUCGCUUGUGCUCUCUAUGAAGAGUUCUGGAUCAAGUACGCCAAAUACCUGGAGGCCUUCAGCACCGACGGAGUCCGGCACGUCUACAGGAAGGCCUGCACGGUCCAUUUGCCCAGGAAGCCCGCCAUCCAUCUGCUGUGGGCUGGCUUUGAGGAGCAGCAGGGCAACGUCGAAGGCGCCAGUAACAUCCUUAAAAAUCUGGAGAUGGUGGUGCCCACCUUGGCUAUGGUGCGGCUGCGGCGAGUCAGCCUGGAGCGUCGGCGUGGCAAACUCGAUGAGGCGGAGGCUCUGCUGAAAGAAGCGGUAGAGACAUCCAAGACCGCCUCUGAGACAUCCUUCUAUGCUGUGAAGUUGGCGCGGCAGUUCCUCAAGGUGCAGAAGAGCCUGAGCAAGGCCAGGAAAGUGCUGCUGGACGCCAUCGAGAGAGACCAGGCGUGUCCAAGGCUGUACCUCAACCUGCUGGAGCUAGAGUACAGCGGAGACGUGACACAGAACCAGGCUGAGAUCUUGGAUUGCUUCGACCGGGCCCUCAAGAGCCCCAUGGAGAUGGAGUCGCGCCUCCUCUUCGCUCAACGGAAAGUGGAAUUCCUCGAGGACUUUGGCAACGACAUCCAUGCACUGGUGGCCGCUUACGAGGAACACCAGAACCUGCAGAAGGAAGUCGACUUAUCAAAGAGGAGUCCGGAGAAUGGCUACGACAGCUCUCAGGAACCCGAUGCUAAGAGGCAGCGCAUGGACGAUGCCUCUAUGGCCGCCGUCGGAACAGACAUGCAAGCCAACAGUGCGUACAAUUACAACAACUGGUACCAGCAACAGUAUGGUGCUUGGGGCCAAAACUCUUGGGGCCAGUACAACCAAUAUGCCCAGUAUAAUCAGUACUACCCUCCUCCUUCGACAUGAUGGCCGCCACCGUGAUCUUGGUCUCUCAUUGGAGAAUGUGUCUAGCUUUUCAAAUUAAGACAACCAGCACCGCAUUCCCAAAAGAUUUAUUUUCUCAUUCUUGAGCUCAUUAUUUCAAAUACAGUACAAGGUGUAGCUCCUGUUUGGGGAUAUAAAAGAAUACACAUGAUGCAUGUUGUUUGUAAAGACAGCCGCCACUAUUACCAUACUGCCCACCCUGUGCUCUAGACGCAAAGGUAACGUUUUUCAUUCUCCUUGUGGGUCUCUCUAAAUUUGAAGUAUUUUUAACGUAUUUGAAUGAACCGGAAAUCAAGAGUUCCUGUUUACCUUGUUUUUCUCAACUUGAUUUCUUAAUAAACAGAUAUCCUGGUA